UUUAAGCAGUGGUGGUGUGAUAGUAACCAAGAAGUAAAAUUGUUGAAUUUUAUUAUUAGAAAAAAGUUAUAAAUUUUUAAUUUUAUCAAUAAAAUUAAACAACAUGCCCAAACAGGAUAAAACAACCAAAAUGCCAAACGAGAGCAAUGAAAAGGAAGUAGAAAAGAAAGCAACCACAAAAUUGGAUGAAAUCAGCAAGACUACACAAAAAGAAAAUGUCGAUGAUGAUGCAAAUAAACAAGUGGAAACAAAGUCACCGACAGAUGCGAACAAUAAAAAACUACCAGCAAUUGUUAAUUUAAGUUCCGACAUGAACAUGCUUAAUAGGCAAGAUCUUUUGCAAGCGGUAACAGAUGCUGUGUCUGGCAACCGCCAAACAAAACAAUUUGCCUUCUGGUCAACUCAGCCUGUGCCUAAACUACACGAAGAAAUCACCACAAAUGAGUGUAUCGAACCCGAUAAAGAUAUCUCAGAAAUAAGACCAGAUCCUUAUGCUCUGCCCGAGGGAUUUAAAUGGGAUACGUUGGAUUUAAACAACAGUAGUGAUCUAACGGAACUGUAUACGUUAUUAAAUGAAAACUAUGUGGAAGAUGACGAUGCCAUGUUUCGCUUUGACUACCAACCAGAGUUCUUAAAGUGGUCUCUGCAAUCGCCGGGCUGGAAACGUGAUUGGCAUUUGGGUGUACGCGUUGUAAAGUCUGGACGUUUGGUGGGUUUCAUUUCGGCCAUUCCCAGCAAUCUAAGAGCUUACGAUAAAGUUUUAAAAGUUGUGGAGAUAAAUUUCUUGUGUGUCCACAAGAAAUUGCGCAGCAAACGUGUUGCUCCCGUUUUAAUACGCGAAAUAACAAGGCGUGUUAAUUUGACGGGCAUUUUUCAAGCAGCCUACACCGCUGGUGUUGUUUUACCAAAGCCAGUGGCAACAUGCCGUUAUUGGCAUCGUUCAUUGAAUCCUAAGAAACUAAUAGAGGUAAAAUUCUCUCACCUGGCUCGCAACAUGACCAUGCAACGUACAAUUAAAUUGUACAAAUUACCAGAUCAACCAAAAACAAAGGGUUAUCGUCGUAUUGAAGCCAAAGACAUGGACAAAGCCCACAAGCUCAUGGAUGAGUAUAUGAAGAAGUUUAAUAUGUGUCCGGUAUUCAGCAAAGACGAAUUUCGUCAUUGGUUCACACCCAAAGAUGGUAUUAUUGAUUGCUUUAUUGUCGAAGAUGAGCAAGGUAACAUUACCGAUAUGACCAGUUUCUACUGUUUGCCAUCUUCGGUGAUGCACCAUCCGGUACAUAAGACCCUGAGGGCCGCAUAUUCAUUCUAUAACAUUUCUACUAAAACUCCCUGGUUGGAGCUGGUGAAUGAUGCUCUUAUAUCAGCUAAAAAUAUACAAAUGGAUGUAUACAAUGCACUGGAUCUAAUGGAGAAUAAUACAUUUUUGCGACCUUUGAAGUUUGGUCCUGGCGAUGGCAACUUACAAUACUAUUUGUACAAUUGGCGGUGCCCAAGCAUGAAACCUCAAGAUGUAGCUUUAAUUCUCAUGUAGAGACUGCUCUAAAUGCAUACUUAGGACUUGAACAAUUUCCUUUAAUGUAUCUUGAUUCAGUUGUCCUAUAAUUUUUGAUUUUAUUUUCGCUUUGUAUUUUUUCUUUUUUUAGUUUGUAAAUUUCUAUCAAUUGUGCAUUGCAAUUAUAAUAAUUUUUAAAGUUAAUCUUAAUCAGUUAAUUUUAUUAUUUUUUAAAAUAAAUCAUGCCAUCACCACCACAA